GAGGGGAGAAGGGGAGGGUACCCAGGUAUCCGGCCCCCUCUUGGACCCCUUCCAGGCCCCAGGGGUCUCCACCCCAGCCCAACUCCAGGGCCCCAAAGAGGGGAGGGGCUGUGAUCCUGGGUCUGGAAGAGGCUGAGCUGUGAGCUAUAAAGGGGGCAUCUCUCAGCACUGGGGGACUCUAGGCAGUGUGACCUGAAGCUAAACAGGACUACUCCAUGUACCAUCCACGGGAGUUGUACCCCUCCCUGGGGACCGGCUACCGCCUUGGGCCGCCCCAGCCUGGGGCAGAUUCCAGCUUCCCACCCACCCUGGCAGAGGGCUACCGCUAUCCUGAUCUGGACACUCCCAAACUGGAUUGCUUCCUCUCUGGGAUUGAUGCUGCUCCCCGCCCCCUGGCUGCUCCCCCACCUCUGCCCCCUCUGCCCCCAGCCCUGGGCACUGAGCCAGUCCCCCCAGCCCCAGAGGCCCUUCAAUCACUCCCUGGAGUAAGCCUGAGCCUGGAGAACCGGGAGCUGUGGAAAGAGUUCAACUCCGUGGGAACAGAGAUGAUCAUCACCAAAGCUGGGAGGCGCAUGUUCCCUGCUUGCCGGGUAUCAGUCACCGGCCUGGACCCCGAGGCCCGCUACCUGUUUCUUCUUGAUGUGAUUCCGGUGGACGGGGCUCGCUACCGCUGGCAGGGCCGGCGCUGGGAGCCCAGCGGCAAGGCAGAGCCCCGCCUGCCUGACCGCGUCUACAUUCACCCUGACUCUCCUGCCACUGGUGCCCACUGGAUGCGGCAGCCUGUGUCUUUCCAUCGUGUCAAGCUCACCAACAGCACACUGGACCCCCACGGCCACCUGAUCUUGCACUCUAUGCACAAGUACCAGCCCCGCGUACACCUGGUGCGGGCCGCCCAGCUUUGCAGCCAACACUGGGGGGGCGUUGCCUCCUUCCGCUUCCCUGAGACCACAUUCAUCUCCGUGACAGCCUACCAGAACCCACGGAUCACACAACUGAAGAUCGCUGCCAACCCCUUUGCCAAGGGCUUCCGGGAGAAUGGCAGAAACUGUAAGAGGGAGCGAGACGCCCGUGUGAAGAGGAAACUGCGGGGCCCAGAGUCAGUAGCCACAGAGGCCUAUGGGAGUGGAGAUGCACCAGGUGGUCCCUGUGAUUCCACUCUGGGUGGGGACAUUCGUGAGUCAGAUCCAGAGCAGGCCCCAGCGCCCCGGGAAGCUGCCCCUGCCCCAGCUCCUCCAUGUGGUGGCCCCAGUGCCGAGGCCUACCUUCUGCACCCUGCAGCUUUCCAUGGGGCCCCUGGUCACCUUCCAACCAGGAACCCCAGCUUCCCUGAAGCUCCAGACUCUGGGCGCCCAGCCCCCUACUCAGCAGCAUUCCUGGAGCUGCAGCCUGGGCCAGGGGGCUCUGGAUACCCAGCAGCUGCACCCCCAGCACCCUUUGCCUCGCACUUCCUCCAAGGGGGUCCCUUCCCCCUGCCCUACCCUGCACCUGGGGCUUACCUCGAUGUAGGCUCCAAACCAAUGUACUGAGCUAUUGCGGGGCCCCUCUGCCUCCCUCCCUGUCCUCCAUUACAAACCUCCAGUUCCCUUCCCCCAGGCCCGUAGCCCCCUGGCUUCCACCGGCCCCAUCCCCCACACCAAAUGGCUGCCUUGGGCCUCCCCACUCCACUUCACACUUUGAUUUCACUCCCACCCCCUCUGGCUUCAAAGCUCUGGCUAAGCUGCUGCGAGUCCAGCUGGGGCCAGCUUCCCCUUCCCAGCUCUCACCUCAGUGUGAAUGGAGGGAGGCUCUGCCUGGCCAAAUGGGCCUCGGACCAGCACCCCCACCUCCCCGGCCUCACCCUU